AACAUGACUCAUCACGCUCGUGUGCCUGUCAGUACUGGAGGUCUCGAACGCUUCUUGUUUUUUCUUCUUUAUUGAAUAGCGUUAUCUUAAAUGACUUUGAGCUGUUAGCAGACGUUAUUUUUUAAGUCUCUGCAGGUUUUCGUGAUUUUUAAACGUGUUUGUAGAUUAAAAGAAAGAAUUAGAGAAGUUAAAAUGGCCUCUGCAGUGUCUCAGUCUCUCUUCAUUUUCGGUCUACGGUCCGGUGUGAGUAAUAAUGUGUGUUUUGUUGACGAACGAACGGUGGUGUUUCCCAGUGGAAACAGCUGUGUGUGCUACAACACCGAGCUAAGAAGCCAGCGCUUCAUCUCAGGUUCAGAGAAGACCCCGCGCGUGCGUGCUCUGGCCAUCAGUCCCGGCCGGCGCUACCUGGCCGUGUCAGAGUGCGGCGAGGCGGCCGCCAUCACCGUCUUCGACCUGCAGCAUGAGCAGGGCCGGAGGAGGAAAGUUCUGACUGCAGGAGAUCUGCUUUUUCAAGAGUUCCCGUGCUUGGCUUUCUCCCCUGAUUCCAAGUAUCUGGUUGGACAAACAGGAGCACCAGAGUGGAUGUUGAUCUUGUGGUUGUGGGAAAAGAACAAAGUCCUGGCUACAGUGAAGACAACUAGCUCCACUAACCCUGUUACCCAGGUCAGCUUCAGCCCUCUGAGCAGCAUCCAGCUGUGUGUGAGCGGCGUCGGCGUGUUCAAGCUGUUCCGCUACGCAGAGGGAACCUUAAAGCAGAGCAGCUCUGCCAAGGUGGAGUCUACAAACGUCCUGUGUCACACCUGGACAUCAGCUGAGAGGGUCCUUGCUGGAACAGACACGGGCCGGCUGCUGGUGUUCGAGUCUGGAGACCUCCGAAGAGAGAUCAAGAUGGCUUCUAAGGCUGUGCAGGGACAGGACCAGAGGCAGGUGGAGGUGAGGAGGAUCAAAGACAGUGACGUGGAUGGAGGUCUGACGGCCUCUCGCAUCACAGCCAUCCUGUCUUUCUCCAAAGGUUUCGUGUGCACGACGGGUCCAGGCACCGUCUGUCUGUUUGAAAAGACAGAGGAGGACUGCUACAGGAAGAGCAAGGAGCUACGGAUCCCUCCAGAUCCACACGGGAAUGACUCCACCCCAGCAGAGUGCCAGGAGGUGGACACAAUGUGCAUCAGUCCAGCAGAGGAGAGUUUGGCCGUCAGCACAGAGCGAGGACAGCUGUACAGCAUCAACCUUUCAUCGGCCGACCUGAGCAGGGAAGAAAAGCUCCACUUUGACUUCCUGUCCCAGCCCUUCCACUCCAACUCCAUCACUGGUUUGUCCGUCUGCGUCCACAAACCCCUCGCAGCCACCAGCUCUCUGGACCGGUCUGUCCGCAUCUGGAACUACGAGACCAGGGAGUUGGAGCUUUCCAAGGAGUUCCAGGUGGAGGCCUACAGCGUAGCACUACACCCCUCCGGCCUCUCCAUCCUAGUGGGCUUUUCAGACAAACUCCGGCUGAUGAACCUGAUUAUUGAUGACAUCCGAACCUACAAGGAGUUCCCAGUGCGUGGCUGCAGAGAGUGUGCUUUCAGCCACGGUGGCCACAUGUUCGCUGCAGUCAAUGGAAACAUCAUUCAGAUCUACUCUGUCACUUCUUUUGAGAAUAUUCUCAACCUGAAGGGCCACAACAGAACGGUGAGUGGCAUUGAGUGGAGCCAGGAUGACAGGAAGCUGGUGUCAUGUGGGAUGGAUGGUGCGGUGUAUGAGUGGAGCACACAGACUGGGCAACGGGAGUCGGAGAGCGUCCUCAAGUCCUGCAGUUACACAGAUGUUUCCUACUCCUCCAGCUAUAAGACUAUCCUGACCGUAGGAACAGACCUCACCCUGAAGGAGAUCCAAGACAGUCAGGUCCUGAGGGAAGUUCCUGGGGAUGAGGUGGCUCAUACUGCUCUCGCAGUGUCUCACUCAGGCAGGGUGGUCUUCACCGGGACCUCCAGCGGGACAAUCAGAGCCGUUAAAUACCCGCUACCCAUCCAGAAGGAGUGGGUUGUACACCAGGCUCAUAGCGGGCCUGUGACCAAGAUGGUGAUCACAUACGAUGAUCAGUUCCUGCUGACGGUAUCUGAAGACGGCAGUCUGCUGAUAUCAAAGAUCACUGAUAAGGAGGGACGAAGACUGAAGAGCAACAGGCAGAUGGUCCACACUGAAGAGAUCCUCGUCACAAAGGCAGACCUGGAAGAGAAGAGCCAGAACAUGAUGGAGCUGAAGAUGCGUCUGGAGGAGCUGCAGAUGGAGAACGAGUAUCAGCUCCGCCUGAAGGACAUGAACUACAACGACAAGCUCCGGCAGCUUUCUGACAAGUUCAUGCAGGAAGUGGAAUCUCUGAAAACAGCACAACAGAAGAUGAAAACAGAGAUGGAGAAGCGUGAUCAUGAAAAUAAUGAGAAUUCUGCAGAGGUUGCUACAAAACAUUUAAAAGAACUAAAGGAUUUAGAACAAUCGUACAGCCGGAAGCUGAUAAUGGAGCACGAGAAGUACCAAGAUCUACAGCUAAAGCAUCAAAGAAUGCAGGAGGACUAUGAGAAGCAUCUGAAGUCUGCAGAGGAGCGCAGGAGCCAAGCCUUGGAGGAGAUCACCCAGCUGUACGAGGCCAAGCUGCAGGAGAAGACUCGGCUCCUGGAUCAGUGUCAGGAGGACGCCCGGCAGAAGAUCCUCGAGUUUGAAGAGAUCAUAAAGCAGAUGGAGGAGGAUGAGGAGAAGAAGAUCCACGCCCUUCAAAUCAAGUAUGAGAAGAAUUUACUCUCUGAGAGGGAGACCAACACCAGCCUGAAGGGAAGAACUGGAAUCAUCACACAGAAGGUAAACGCUCUGCAGAGGCAGAUCGAUGACAGAUGCUCCGACGUUAACAAGAUGAAGCAGGAGCGGCAGAGUCUGCUGGGGUUGAUCCGCUCUCUGGAGAACGACAUUGAGGACCUGAAAAGGCAGAUCUCUGGACAUGAGAGAACCGCCCAGGACAAGGACAGCACCAUAUCCAGCCUGAAGAAGAAGAACCAGGAACUAGAGAAGCUGAAGUUCAUCUUAGAGUUUCAGAUGAACGAGUUGAAGAAUCAGAUCGAGCCUCAGCAAGACGAAAUAACUAAGAAGAAAGAGAGGAUACAGCAGCUGGAGGAGGAGCUGGUUCAGAUGGACAAGAGCAACACUCAGCUGAAGCUCACCAUCUCAGACCUGAGGCUCAAACUCAGGACGAGGGAUAAAGAGAUGCGCAGGGAGAUGGAGAGAGUGAAAGAUUUGGAGAUGCUUUCUGAGUGGUUCAAGUCAGACCUCCAUAACUGUGUUGGAUUCAUCCAGGAGCCCAAAAAACUGAAGGACAACAUAAAGAUGAUUUAUACCCGCUACGUCCCAAACACUGACGCCGUGCAGAAGAGCGGCGCAGACGACGACGUUCAGCAGGCGCUUCGCUUCCAGCGGGAACACCUGCAGAAGACCAUCAGCCGUCUGAACAUGAAGCUGGCCAGUUCUGCCGAGGAGCACGAGAAGGUUUACGUCAAGCUGAUGAAGGAAAACGUGACUCUGAUUGCUGAAAUCAACGAACUUCGUAAAGAGCUGCGCGCAGCGAAGACUCAGACCAAAGACUUCAAAGCUCAGCUGGCCGUCUUCAAGAAGUCCAACAAGCCUGGCAGCAGCUGGGAGGACGGAUCCAGACCCGAAGACGCCCGCUGAGCUUCCCGUGCUGCCGUUCAGACAGCUGCAGACACGAAGACAGGAACUUACUGACGUUUUCAUUGCAGACAUUUACAAUGAAUUCAGUUUUCCUCUGUUUCAGUAGAAUGCAGUAGAAGAGACGGACAGAAAGAGAUUUACGGUUAGAAAGUCAUCAUUUUACUGUUUCAGAUUUAAUAAUAAAAAAGUUAAAAAGUCAUGAAGCGACUUUAAUGUCUGUCAGAAAGGCUGAACCGAUCACGGCGUCCGUCGUCCUCGGGUUCACGACUAAGUUUUCAUAAACAUUUCAACAUAUCUGAUUAUUCUGGCUGCGUUUCAGAGGGAUCUG